UCUGUACAAAAACCCGUCUGCUCUUUACAGGCUGUUCCUGCCUUUUGGUGCAUUAUUCAUGGUGACAUGUGCCUGUUUUGAAAGCAGCCUAAAAAACUGUCCGCAUAACCUGCACACACACUGCAACAGCUUGAGGAUUACAGAAGGAAAGCGAGAGAAAACAAGCAGAUGUCCAAGAAGAAGAAAUAACGCACCCUCCCAUUAGAACGGGACUCAACUCAAGGAGGGGGAGAGAAAAUAAACCGCAGAUCACGUUGUUUAGAAAGCAGUUAGAGGUUUUCUGGUACACUACGUCCGUAGACGUCUGGUUUUCUUGACGUCAGGAGAAGUCUGAGCGCAUCCAGCGCUGCGCACAAGCAUCUCUCCCAGAGGAAAGCAGAGCAGCGCACAGCUUCAGAUCGCCAUUUAGUUUUAGUGGGGCGAACCGAACAGCGCUGUAGGAUGCCUCUUGGAGAGGACGGAAAUGGAUGGAAGAAGAAGACAACAGAUAUCAAAGAACAUUAUGACUUCAAAGAAGUGCUUGGAACGGGUGCAUUUUCUGAGGUGGUUCUAGCAGAGGAGAAGAGAACCCAGAGGCUAGUGGCCAUCAAGUGCAUCCCAAAGAAGGCGCUGGAAGGCAAAGAAAACAACAUUGAAAAUGAGAUUGCUGUCCUACACAGAAUCAAACACUCCAACAUUGUUUCGCUGGAGGACAUCUUUGAGAGUACAUCCCAUCUAUAUCUCAUCAUGCAGCUAGUUUCUGGAGGUGAGCUCUUCGACAGGAUCGUAGAGAAAGGUUUCUACACGGAGAGAGACGCCAGUCAGCUCAUCCAUCAGAUCUUAGACGCUGUCAAAUAUCUCCACGAUAUGGGGAUCGUCCACAGAGACUUGAAGCCAGAGAAUUUAUUGUAUUACAGCAUGGACGAAGACUCAAAGAUCAUGAUCAGUGACUUUGGUCUAUCAAAGAUUGAGGGAGCGGGUAGCGUUAUGUCUACAGCCUGUGGCACACCUGGUUACGUGGCUCCCGAGGUGCUCGCUCAGAAACCAUACAGUAAAGCAGUAGACUGUUGGUCCAUAGGAGUGAUUUCUUACAUUCUGUUAUGUGGCUAUCCCCCAUUUUAUGAUGAAAAUGAUGCCAAGCUAUUUGAGCAGAUUUUGAAGGCAGAGUAUGAGUUUGACUCGCCGUACUGGGAUGACAUCUCAGAUUCAGCCAAAGACUUCAUCUGUCACAUGAUGGAAAAAGAGCCUUUGAAGCGAUAUACAUGUGAGCAGGCCCUCCAACAUCCAUGGAUAUGUGGAGACACGGCUCUCAACAAGAACAUCCACGAGUCUGUCAGUGCACAAAUUAAGAAGAAUUUUGCCAAAAGUAAAUGGAAGCAAGCGUUUAAUGCGACAGCCGUGGUGCGACACAUGCGGAGGUUGCAGCUGGGCACGAGUCUCGAGGGACCCAGUCAGAUCACUCCCACCAGUCCCUGCCAUGGACAUCUGCUCCCAGAGGAGGAGGUGGAAGAAGAGGAGGAUGAACUAGGGAAUGAGGAGGAGGAAAGCUUGUCUAACUACGAUGACGGGCGUCGCGGGAGCAACGAGGGGAGCGCGGAUCGGGACAGCCUGAGGAGCUGCACCUACUGCUGCAGGCCAACCAGUCGCAUCUGAGCACAGCCUCCCGUUGUCAUGGUGAUGAUGUAUCCCUGCAGCAACUAGAGCCCGUCAGCCCAGUCUGGCCAGGAAUGCAGAGUAGCUACUAAGCAGUUUCCAUCAGUCCGCAACCUUCAGGUCCCUUCUAAAAUACACGCUGUGUCUUUUUUAAAGAGACACGUUUAAACUUUAAUGCAACGCUGUAUGCAAGUCUGCUUCAAGCAUGCAGAAGGUUUUCUCAUUUUAACACUGUACAGUUACCCUCCUACUGAUGAAACAUGCAGUCUUUUGCUGUGCAGCUAAUGCUGAGCGUGGCCUUUAGUGAGUGCAUUACAAUGUUGCUUCAGAGGCUGUUUUGAUGAAAGUUGUCUCCUCCAUUGUAAUUGUCACCCUAUUAUGAGUCACAUCUACCUCUAAAUACAGUUACCAUGUGUCCCUCUGAACCAGAUGCUCUACACUGGUCUUGUUGCAUUCAAAGCAUGUCCCCCUUGUGGUGGCUAGAGGAUACAGCAGGUCUAUCAACAAUCAUGUCAAACACGCAGCUGCGAAAAAUAUCAUCAGAUAAUUGUUAACUGUGGCUCUGUUAUGAGGAGGACAAAAAUAAAAGUAAGAAAAAAGAGACAGAUUCUUCACGUGGUUGUUUACGUCAAAGCUAGUGUUAGCAUUGUGUCACAGCUAAACACUACAGGAAGUUAAAAGUAGCAGUCUAAAACUCUUAUUAGCCUAUGUUUCAGAAAUAAAACUUGUUGGACGGUCAUUGAUUCAGUUAUUUACCGUUAAUCAUGUUGCACCUAUUUAGGCAGAGAAUUCUUGUAGUGUUAUUUAGUUUUGCUACAUACAGUGCUAGGGAUGUAAGAAAAUAGCGGUACACUGAACUAGUAUGAUGUUUUGUUAUGUUACUGAAUUAAUAUUUAAAAGCAUCGUGUCAAUUAUUUUUAUUGAGAAUUUACCUGCAAAAAUUUACUGUAUUUCUAUUAUGUGGUGCAAUUCCAACUCCAACUGCUAGGUGGCAGCAGUUUUAACGGUCUUCAUUCUGACUGAACAACGAGCCCGUAUGUGUUUAGGAAGUGUCUGGCCUGAGAUCUCCAACUCAAUUCAAUCUUACAAAUUGCCAAUAUUGUCCAGCUUUAAGUAUCGCAAUAUAUUGUAUCAUCUCCCCUGUAUUGUGAUAUAAAUCGUAUUGCCAGAUAAUUGCCCAUACACACCUAUACAUACAUACAUACAUACAUACAUACAUACAUACAUACAUACAUACAUACAUAAAUACAUACAUAUUUCCAUGAAUGUGAGUUGAAAAUGCAGAAAAUACAUUAUUAUAAAAGUUUCUCAUUAUAUCAUAUAUCUUGUUUUAAAGAGGGACUUUGUAGUAAUGACGUGUACAACUGAUUUAAAAAUAAAAGUUUCUCUUAAAAACAUGUUCAAAAUAUCUUCAAAUCAAAUUUAUUUGUAUAGCACUUUAAAUGCAACAAUGUUGCCCAACAUGCUGAGCACAGACAUAUAAAAACAGCUAAAUAAAAGCAGUCAAUUAAAAAAUAGUUUUACACAAAAAACAAUACAUUAAAAAUCAGACAUAAGAAAUUGUGAAAAGCAGGAAUACCAAGUCAACUAGGAGUACUAAAAGCUGUCGAGUAUAAAUAAGUCUUUAGUAGCUUUUUACAAAUGGCAACAGAUGACGACUGCCCAAUGGAGAUCUUGGUAAUGGCAAAAAAAGAUUGCAACAGCAAAAUGGCGAUGUACUCUAUGUUGUGGUGUUCUACUCUGAUUCAACCAGACAGCUAUUCCAGUUCUUGAAGUUAAUAUUUUAAGAAUUCCAGUCGCCGCAGCACCGCAACAAAAAUGGAGACCCCCUCUAACAAAUAGGUGAAUAUUAACUCAACAAAUUACACUUGCUAACUCUUUCAAAUUGCAGUUUGCCCCUUUUCCACUAGGUGCAGGCUCCCAAAAGGAGUAAAUUCCCAUUGACUUCUAUGGAAAAAUGCCAACUUCACAUCAGAAAACAAACAUGUUUACAACCUGGUUAAAAAAAACACUUGAGAUUUAUUAGGUCAAGUUUACAGUCAUGAGAUCUCUUAAGGUGAUAAUUUAUUUUCGUAACUCAUUUGUUUAGAUGUAAUUAAAGCUUGAAAUUAUGAA